AUGCCGCGGCUCCCGGUGAAGAAGAUCCGCAAGCAGCUGAAGCUGCUGCUGCUGCUUGCGCUGCUCACCUCGGCCGCGUGGUUUACGUACCUGCACAUCAGCCUGAUGCGCCAGGGCCGCGCCCUCCGCCUGCCCUUCACCUACGGCAGAGAUGGGGAGCGGCUGGGGGAGGUGACAGACCCUGGCAGGCGGCCGGCAGUGGCCCAGGCAGUGGCACGGCAGAGGAAGGCCGAGGACUCCAGUGAGAGCCACGAGGAGGAGCAGAAUGAUGGACAGGAUUUGGACGGACGCUUUUCCAGAGGCUCACGAGCCACCAGGCGCCCCAAACUCAACCUGACCAAGCAGGUUCUGCCCUGGGAUGAGAAGUACAAGGGGAAAGCGAACCUGCAUGUUUUUGAGGACUGGUGUGGAGGAGCUGUGAGGCACCUAAGGAAGAACCUCCAUUUUCCACUCUUUCCACAUACCCGCACCACAGUGAAGAAGCUGGCGGUGUCACCCAAGUGGAAGAACUACGGGCUAAGGAUUUUUGGCUACAUUCACCCUUUCAAGGAUGGAGAUUUCCAGUUUGCUGUGGCAUCAGAUGACAAUUCGGAGUUCUGGCUCAGUUCUGAUGAGAGCCCAUCCAACUCACGGCUGGCUGCCUUUGUGGGCAAGCUGGGUACCGAGUGGACAGCUCCAGGGGAGUUCACCAAAUUCAGCUCACAGGUCUCCAAGCCUCUACGCCUUAUGUCGUCCAGGCGCUACUACUUUGAGCUGCUCCACAAGCAAGACGACCGAGGCUCGGACCAUGUGGAAGUGGGCUGGCGAGUUUUCCUCCCUAGCUUGAAGUUCGAAGUGAUUGAUUCUUCCUACAUUUCUCUGUACACAGACGAAUCGACUUUGAAGAUGAACCAUGUGGAGCACAUCCCGCAGUCUCUGGCCAGCCACAGUGGGAGCUACCUCUGGGAGGCACAAUGGGAUGAGCAUGGGGCUGACAUGCUCAAGUCUGACCCCAGGGAUACCUUCUUCCUCACCCCUGCAAUAGAGCCGUCCCGUGUGGAGAAUGUGCUGGUGCCCUGUGCCUACAGCCCCACCUACGUGGUGAAGGACUUCCCCAUCGCCCGCUACCAGGGCCUGCAAUUUGUCUACCUCUCGUUUGUGUACCCCAAUGACUUCACGCGCCUCACUCACAUGGAGACGGAGAACAAGUGCUUCUACAGGGAGUCCCCGCUCUACCUGGAGAAGUUCGGUUUUUAUAAGUACAUGAAGAUGGAUGAGGAGGAGGAGGACCCACGUCAGCGAGCAUUUCUCUUCCUGAACCCAGACAAUUUCCUCGAAGAUGAUGAGGAGGAUGAGGAUACAGUGGACAGCCCUGAGGCCACAGACCCACCUCCCAAAGCCAGGAAGAACCUCGAGCUGGUACCUGAAACCCAAAGGAAGGAGAUUCUGCCAGUCACCAGAGAUUAUGGAGACUACCUGGACUACUACAGCUUCCGCCGCAAGCAGAGUCGGGUGCGGGACGAGGUGGGCAUGGGAAGGUGGAGCAUGCCCCCUGCCACUCCCAGCCCCACAGCUACUCCUGUGGGCCCCCAUGGCAAUGGGGACACAGGACCUGGGCAGGAGAGAGUCCGUGGAAGGAUGCUUCGAUGGUUACCCCAGGAGCCCAGUGAGGAGGAUGAGCUGGGGCUCCUGGUGUCCUCCAAGCGUGCUGGGGUGCUCAGCCUCCAGUCUCACCUCUCUGUUCCCAUCUUUGGUGGCAAAGCCAAAACACCAGCUCCCAGCAAGUCUGUAGUAUCCAAGGAGGAGAGAAAACCUAAGAAAGCCCAGGAGAAGGUGUAUGUGACCAGGCUGCAGCCAGGCAAACGCAAAGCCCCAGCCCAGGAGCCUGCCUUCCCCAACAUCUUCCUUUACCCAAAGCUUCUGAAGAAAGUGCAGCUUCGUUCCAGGACCCCUCAGAAGCAUUCCAUCACUCCCAGCAAGCUUCGAACUGCCCCUGGCCACCGGACCCCUUGGCUCUUGAGCAACAUUUCCAAAGAGAGAGAGUCAGCCAGGAGGAAGACCAGCCAGGCGGGUGACAGGAGGUGGCGGCUGGUGAGCAAGCAGGAAGAACUGGGGGCUGAAGGGAUCUUCAGCAAGGAGACCCACGAGGAUGUGACCACUGCCCCAGGCAGGAUGGCAGUCACCACCGAUUACAACUCCUCAGAGGUGACUCGCUCACAGGGGACACGGGUGACAUCCUUUCUGAAGACAUCAGAGAUAACAACAUCCCAGCAGGAGGGAAAGGGCCAAGAGGAAGAGGAGGAAGAGGAGGUGUCCGACUACAGUUACGAGACAGGGGAGCUGCCGCAGAGCUGGCUGGAGGACUCCAUCAACUGGCAGAGGACGUUCAGUGUCAGUUCGGUGGACUUCGAGCUCCUGCGCUCCGACUGGAAUGACUUGCGCUGCAACGUCUCGGGCAACCUGCAGCUGAGUGAGAGUGAGGUGGUCGAUGUGGUGGCCCAGUACAUGGAGAAGCUCAACGAGAAGAAUGGGGGCAUUUACACCCUUUUGAGGAUCAUCAAUGUGGAAAAGCGCCGGGACACAGCUCGUGGCAACCGCUACCUGCUGGAGCUGGAGUUAGCAGAACGGGGCCAGCGGACAGUUCGGCUCUCUGAGUAUGUCUAUGUCCUUUUGCACCAAGGCAAGCAGGAUGACAGUGCUGAAGCCAACCCUGAGGGACCAGCCGUGGGGGCCACCGAGACCCAGCCAAGCACCUGGAGCAUCCUCUAUGGGAAGCCCACUCUGUGUCGGCCUCUGCAGCUGAGCUGGAAGCAGGACAUCAUGGUGCACUUCGUGGUACCUGUGAAGAACCAGGCGCGCUGGGUCCAGCAGUUCAUCUCAGACAUGGUCAGCCUGUAUGACAUUACAAAGGAUGCCAACUUCAACGUCAUCCUGGUGGACUUUGACAGCGACGACAUGGAUGUUGAGAAAGCCCUGCAGGAUGCCCAGCUGCCUCGCUACCAGUACCUACGGCGCACGGGGAACUUUGAACGCUCAGCAGGGCUGCAGGCUGGUGUGGACAUGGUUGAGGAUGGGCACAGCAUCGUGUUCCUGUGCGACCUGCACAUCCACUUUCCCUCCAACAUCCUGGACAGCAUCCGGAAGCACUGUGUGGAAGGGAAGCUGGCCUAUGCGCCCAUCGUCAUGAGGCUAAGCUGUGGCAGCUCCCCACGGGAGCCCAACGGUUACUGGGAGGUGAAUGGCUUUGGUCUCUUUGGCAUCUACAAGUCAGACUUUGACCGCGUUGGAGGGAUGAAUACGGAGGAGUUCAGGGACCGCUGGGGCGGAGAGGACUGGGAGCUCCUGGACAGGGUCCUUCAGAGCGGGCUGGAGGUGGAGCGCUUGCGUCUCAGGAACUUCUACCACUAUUACCACUCCAAGCGCGGUAUGUGGAACGCUCACAGCAAGAAGUCGCCCAAGGACUAACACCCUGAGCCCAGCCCACAGCUAACAGACCACAGCCAGAGAUUGGCCGCCGCUGGUGCCCAUGUGUCCCCAACCCUCUGGUCCAGCACGGAGGGCACUAUUGCCACCGGGGUCUCCAAAUGAACCAUGGUUACU